AUGUGCCACGACAAGAUCUCCCUCAACGGCUGGACCAGCACCCCCGCCAACGCCGGUGCCAUCUUCCCCGACAAGCCAUUCAUCCACCCACCCACGCCCAUCUCCAUCACCGACAUCCCCUUCCCCUCCACCGAUCCCCUCGUCACCAAGACCCUCGAAUACGUCCAAUCCCUCCUCCCCCGCGAGACCGUCAACCACUCCAUGCGCGUAUACUACUACGGAAUGAUCCUCCUCGCCCAACAAUUCCCCUCCCACUCCCUCUCCCCAACAACCUGGGCCCUAACCUGUCUCCUGCACGACAUCGGCACCGCCCCCUCCCUCCUCACCUCAACAAACAUGUCCUUCGACCUCUACGGCGGCAUCAAAGCCCACUCCGUACUUACUUCCUUCGACUGUCCCGCUGAUGUUGCCGACGCCGUAGCGGAAGCUAUUAUCCGGCAUCAGGAUCUAGGCGUGGAUGGGAAUAUCACGUUCCUGGGACAGUUGAUUCAGUUGGCUACGAUUUACGAUAAUGUGGGGGAACAUCCGCAUGUUAAGGACUUUGGAGGGUUGAUUCAUGAGGAUGCGAGGAGGGAAGUUAAUGAGCGCUGGAGGAGGGAGGGAUGGUGUGGGGUGUUUGCUGAUGUGGUGAAGUUGGAGGUGGGGAGGAAGCCGUGGUGUCAUUCGACUCAUAUUGUGGGGUUUGAGGGGAAGGUUAGGGGGAAUGCGCUUUUUGGGGAGAAAUAG